AUGCCUGUUACAUCAACAGUUCAGACUCCAGAGUUAUUUAAAGGAACCCUUAAAGAAUACCAAAUGAAAGGCCUUCAGUGGCUAGUCAAUUGUUAUGAGCAGGGUUUGAAUGGCAUACUUGCUGAUGAAAUGGGAUUGGUGUUUGACAGCCAUGAUCAAUUUAAUGAGUGGUUCUCAAAAGGAAUCGAGAAUCAUGCGGAACACGGAGGCACUUUAAAUGAGCACCAGCUUAACAGACUGCAUGCGAUAUUGAAGCCGUUCAUGCUUCGAAGGGUAAAAAAAGAUGUAGUUUCUGAGCUAACUACAAAGACGGAAGUUACAGUUCACUGCAAGCUCAGUUCUCGUCAACAAGCUUUUUAUCAGGCUAUUAAGAACAAAAUUUCUCUGGCUGAGUUGUUUGAUAGCAACCGUGGACAAUUUAAUGAAAAGAAAGUAUUGAAUCUAAUGAAUAUUGUCAUUCAACUUAGGAAGGUUUGCAACCAUCCAGAGUUGUUUGAGAGGAAUGAAGGGACCUCGUAUCUCUACUUUGGAGUGAUUUCCAAUUCUCUUUUACCUCAUCCCUUCGGUGAGCUAGAGGAUGUACAUUAUUCUGGUGGUCAAAAUCCGAUAAUAUACAAGAUACCUAAACUACUACACCAAGAGGUGCUCCAAAAUUCUGAAACAUUUUGUUCUUCCGUCGGGCGUGGCAUAUCCAGAGAAUCAUUUCUGAAGCAUUUUAAUAUAUAUUCACCUGAGUAUAUUUUUAGGUCAAUAUUCCCAUCUGAUAAUGGGGCUGAUAUAGUGGUUAGUGGAAGUGGAGCAUUUGGCUUUUCUCGCUUGAUAGAUCUAUCACCAUCAGAAGUUGGAUAUCUUGCUCUUUGUUCUGUUGCGGAAAGGCUAUUAUUUUCUAUACUGAGAUGGGAGCGGCAAUUUUUGGAUGAAUUAGUGAACUCUCUUAUAGAAUCCAAGGAUGAUGAUCUUAGUGACGAUAACAUCGAGAGAUUCAAAACCAAAGCUGUCACAAGAAUGUUGCUGAUGCCAUCAAAAGUGGAAACUAAUUUUCAGAAAAGGAGACUAAGCACAGGGCCUACCCGUCCUUCAUUUGAAGCGCUAGUGAUCUCUCAUCAGGAUAGGCUUCUUUCAAAUAUCAAACUCCUACAUUCUACAUAUACUUAUAUCCCAAAAGCCAGAGCUCCACCGGAUUACAUGAACUAUAGAAAGUACAAAUACCUCAGGCUUGAUGGAUCGUCCACCAUUAUGGAUCGCCGAGAUAUGGUUAGGGAUUUUCAGCGUAGGAGCGAUAUUUUUGUAUUCUUGCUGAGCACCAGAGCUGGAGGACUUGGUAUCAACUUGACGGCUGCAGACACUGUCAUUUUCUAUGAAAGUGAUUGGAAUCCCACCUUGGAUUUACAAGCUAUGGACAGAGCUCAUCGUCUUGGUCAGACAAAAGAUGUUACUGUAUAUCGGCUCAUAUGCAAGGAGACGGUGGAAGAGAAAAUUCUGCACAGGGCAAGUCAGAAAAAUACAGUUCAACAGCUUGUUAUGACAGGAGGUCAUGUUCAGGGUGAUGAUGUUUUUGACCCUGCGGAUGUGGUAUCGCUGCUAAUGGAUGAUGCCGAGGCAGCAAAAAUGGAGCAGAAAUUGAGAAAUCUACCAUUACAGGUGAAGGACAGGCAGAAGAAAAAACAGUCAACUAAAUGUAUCAGAAUAGAUGCUGAAGGAGAUGCAACUUUGGAAGAGUUAGAUGAUGCUGAACGACAGGAUAACAGACAGGAACCUUUGGAAGAGCCGGAAAAGACAAAAUCCGGUAAUAAAAAGAGGAAAGCUGCUUCAACUCCGAAAUCUAGAGUUUCUCAGAAAGCAAAGGAAGAAGCAAAUGGUGAAGAUACACCUCAGAGGACACAAAGGGUAAAGAGACAAACAAAGAGCAUAAACGAGAGUCUUGAACCUGUCUUCUCUGCCUCUGUAACAGAAACAAAUAGAGGAUUUGAUCCAAGUAGCUCAGCUAACUAAUCUGAAGAUGAUUGAAGCUUUGAUAAAUAUGUUAACUUCAGGCAGGUUUUUAGCAAAUGGUUCCUAGUUUU